AGCAAGGGAUAGGAGAGGACAAUGUAUCCACGACCGUUCAUGAAAGAAAUUGAAUCCUCCAUUUCUAGCUAUAAAAUACAUGAAGAUAGUGGGGAGAUUGAGAUAGGCAGUGGUGGGCAACGCUCAGUCGAAGAUAGGUUGAAAGACACGAUGAUAUGUUGUCAUCAGAUAAAAAAGGGAGAAUGGUAAGAAAGAAAAAGUUUGAAUAUGCAAAUUUUUGUAGUGAAAGUAGAGAUAAAAAUCGUACGACAAAAAAAUGGUAUAUUGUCUUCCAAGUUCCAACUAAGACGAGUUGAUCAAUAAAAAAACAUAUGAACUAACUAUCCACAAAUAAUACCUACAAAUCAUGUAACGACUUUCUCGCAAACGUCGACUCGGAAAAAUUGGUUAUUGAAUAUAAAUAUUUCAAAUCAUUUAACAUAUAAAUAUUAAUCAACAUAAAUAAUACAAAAUAAAAUGAUGUUCAUCUGACCAACGGGUCGGGUAAAAGCUAGUUCAUAUAGUAAUCCCAAAACGCAGACGGAGCUCCUCACUAUCGGUCACUAAUGCUCUUCCCCUCCACCAAGUUAUAAACCUAUACAAAUCCUAAUCAUCAAAGGGAAGCAGAAGAGAAACCCUAAUUAAGUGACGAGGAGCGGCUGCACACCACCCCCAUUCCAUACCGCUUUUCCUUUCUCACUGCCGCCAAGUAACAAGCACACAGAUAUAGAGAGCCGCACAGCUUAGAGAGCGAGAGAACAAAGAGAUAUAUAUAGUGGGACUCAGAAGCAAAGAUGAAGGAGUGGGACUGACAAUCGAGAAAUCGUGAUGGUGGGUGACCACGAUAUGGCUUCAAGGAGACUCGAUGGCGGUCGGGGAUCGUGAGCUGACAUUUGUAGGCAGCGACAGUGGGAGAUGGGAUGCCAGGGGUGUUAUCUGCGAUAGCUAAUUCGCAACAAAAUCGAGGAAAGGAGGACUACGACAUCACACUAGUGGGAAAGGAAAGGAAUGAACAUACAAAAGUAUGGUUUCUAAUGAACUCGAGUCAAUCGACUUGAACAUAAGGUGUGUGGUUUAAGGGGCUAGUUAGUAUUUCAUUCUGAAUGAUUAUUAUGUUAUUUGAUGAUGCAUUCUACUUGAGUUAUAUGAUAUGCUCUUAUAUGCUAUCUACAUUUGACUUACGUACAUAUAAGAUUCAUGUUUAAGCUUCGAACUAUGUUCAUUUCUCUAUUUAUGCAAGCAUGUCAUUGCAUUGCAUCACCAAGUUAUGUUUUAAGACCAGAAAAAGAAAAUUACUUUAUAGUAUGCUUAGCUUAUAUCUUCCCAUUGUGCGGAGCAUCAGUUUGAGCAAGACUACUCGAUUAUUCAAGUUUACAAGCAAGCAAGAACAAGUUUUAAAACUCACUUAACUAGUUACGCACACGGCCACCUUCCUUCCCAUUGUGAAGAAGUUGAACUUAUAAAGUUUAUCAAGCUUACUUCCCAUUGCGAGGAAGUUGAUCUUAUCAAGUUUAUCAAGCUUCAUUCCUAUUGUGAGGAAGUUAUCAAGUUUAUCAGGAUUAUGACGUUUUGGUGGUCGGGCGGUUGCACUAGUUAAGUUGAGUUUGGGGCCCCCAUAUCAAGAAAACCUUUGCAAGAAAAUGUUUCCAAGUCAAGUAAAUGUUUUAGUGCAUGAGAAUUUGCACUCAUUAUGCAUGUUGGAUCAUUUUGUUUAUCAUGUAAAAAAUGGAACUAGGAUUAGGACGCAUCCCAACGCCCGCACUUAGAGAUUGUAGGAUAAUCAGAAGUGCACUACAGGAGACGAUUUGGUCACGACGAGGUUCAAGGCUCCAGCGGACUCUAGUAUGAAGAAUUAUAUUCUUAUGUACUUAGUAGGAUUGAGAACUGAUGUGCAUUUAUUAAGUAUGUUUAUGUUUUCCGCAUAAGCAGGUUUCAAGAAAUUAUGAUUUGAAUUUCAAAGCAUUUUUUAGUCUGGUUUUGGUUAACGGUUUACUAAGGAUAUUUUGAUAAAAGCACUCCCUGGCCAGGUGUAAGGUGUUACAGGGUGCAAGCACCAUUACCUCAGAUUACUAAAUCGAACGGACAACAAAUCCGCCAACCGAAUCGUACAAGAGCCAACGAUCAAUGUUGGGAUCGGAAAAGCAAGUACUAAUAGAGCCAGGAUCUAACAGGUGACCCUUAUGAGCUAAACAAUCGGCUAGGAAGUUCGCCUCUCUGUAAAUAUGUUGCACUCUCACUUCCCAGUCCCUGCUCUGCAGUUCUCAAAAAGAAAGAACCAGAUUGGCCUGUUGGUGAUUAGUCGGACACGUGGACGAAAGGAGGUGAGCAGCUGUCGUCGAGUCGAGCUGAACCUCGACUUUUUUGUAGCCUGCAUCCCAUGCCGCCUAGAGUCCCUGUAGUGCGCCCCAUAGCUCUGCACCAUGAGUGAUUGUACGUCUCCCCAGAUUCAUUGAGAAAGCACCUAAGAAACGACCCUGCCCGUCACAAAGUGCACCUCCUACAGCGGUUGACCCCGAUGGUCGUAGUAACGAGCCAUCAGAGUUCACUGUGAUAGGGAGUCGGAGACUUUGGUGCCGAGUAUGGAAGGGUUCGUCCAGUAUCUAUCUGGUGGCCAGCAAGCUCGUAUUCAGCACUGGAGCGGAUUUUAAUAACGAUGUCAUUUUUGUUUGAGUUUCAAUUUCAAUUUCAUUAAAUUUGUUAGAAACAAGGUUUCUAACGUGUUUGGGAUUGAGGAAUUUAGCUAGAUCAAUUAGGGAUUGACCUAACUAGGGAUUAGGAGUUGGGAAUUUAGAACAAAAAAGGGGGAAAGAAAAGGGAGCUGCUGCCGCAGCUUUUGGGAAAGAAGAGAGGGAGAGGGUCGGCGCAGAAGAGAGGGGAAAGAAGGAGGGUUUAGGUUUAGAAUUUUUAUUAACUGAUUGCUUAAUGAAAAUAAUGCCCUAGUACAGAUUAUAUAAUCCGCAUAAUCUCUAUUAACUACCCAACUAAUUAAACAUAGCAAUCAACUCCCUGUUUAUUCCCGAAUACCCCAAAUAAUACCCCAAAUCAUAAAAACCGAUAAUAAUACGAAUUAAUAAAAAAACUGCAAUUAAUGUGUUUCCCACAAAAUUGGAGCCAGCUUCCCUGUUAAACCUUUUCUUCAACACAGCUUUCGUUCUCACUGCAAAGCAAAGCAACUCAAUCUCAAUCCUUUUUAUAUUUCUUGAAGUCUCCCAAUCUUAAUUUCCCAUGUCCCACGCUGACAAUGGUGCAAGCUAGCUGCAUAAUUGGACCAACAAAAGAUGGAAAACCCACAAAGCUGCACAACUAAUUAUCAUAUGAUAUAUGCAAAUGAAAGGCAAGGCUGAAGGCAGGCACUGCUGUAUUAAAUUAAAAUGACAGCAAGUCGGUGGUCUCUGUGUUUGUGCAAAGUGCAAACACCCACACAAGUCAAAGGUUUGGUGUACUGUUCUUAAACUACCAUAUCUUAUCCCCCAAAAACAUGUUCACUGUUUGUGUUUAAAUAAUUGUCCAACAUGUCUCUUAUUAAAGUUCAACCAUAUAAGUCCAUCCCAUGGUUGGAGCUAAAAAUGUGGAAUUUGGAGGCUAGAUUUGACGUUUUAGGUUCACCAAAGGGAAUACUGCUCAAAUGAUGUAUGCCAAAUUUUAACUUUUUAUCCGAGUUUAAUCAUUUUAAUUGAAUAAUUCAUUCUAUUAAAAUGGUGGGGCUCGGAUUUUUUUUUAUUUUUCUUAUCGUUUUUUGUGCUUAAACUGGCACUUGAAACCUUUUAUAAUAUUUUUGGCAUUUUAGCUUAGUAUCUAGGGUAAAAUUCAAAACUAGAGGUAGUGCAAAUAUAAAUACAACUCUUCGUCAUUAAAACAUGAAAAUAGAUUUACGUGAAUUUCAUUUUUUGCACAAAUUGUGACAUAUGUAGGUUACUUAUUUAUUAGAUUUCAUUCUCUAUAAGUGACUUUUUCUCCUAUUUUCCAAGCUAAUUUAACGCUUAAAACACAAUUUCCACAUCUUAACUCCAUAAAAUCAAAUCAACGAACAUACAAAACCAAAUAUUAAAAUGAACGAAUCAAAUAGUCGCAACAAAGUGCGACAGGUUAUCUAGUACGAUAUAUAUAUAUAUAUAUACACACGGUAAGUCACAACAUAAACCCUGUUUUACAUGAAUACAUCGUUUCUGUGUUCUGCUAGUUAAAGAAGUGGGUAGUUUUGAAUUGUAGUGGCUUCCUCAGCCUUCUGGAUUCAUAAUAACAUUAAUUAAUUAAUUAAGCUCGAGUGUUUGAAGUGGGAUAUCUGCCUUUUGAAGUUUGAAAGCCUUUGGAGUCCUCAUUUGGUAUUACUGAAAAGAUGAAGAACAAUAAGACAAUAAACAAGAAGAGGGAAGAGUUCCCCCCAUGUAAACAGCAAACAACAAUUUGUUUCCUCUGUUCCUUGGAGCUUUCCUCUGAGCUUCAAAGAGGCCAAUGGCUGAAUCCAUCUGUAUGUUAAGCCAGGUGGGUUCUCAUUUCCUCUCCUCUCUGAUAAAACAAAGCCCGGUUUUCAUGCUCUGUUUCUGAAACAGGUUUUCUGGUUUUGUGUUCCUUUGAAAUAGGUAGCAAGAUUUUUCUCUUUUUCCUCUUCCCAAUUGGGAAAAAGAAAUUAUUUCUCUGGGUUUCAUGCAUUAAUUACACAGCACAAAGAUUAGGAGCGAAAAUCAAAUGGGGUUUUCUUACUGCAUUGAUUUUGUCAAGUGAGCACCUGACACUCUGACCAUUUCUAUUGCCUAGUUUUUCUCAUCUAAUCUCUCCCCUCAAAAUACUCAGAAACCCUUCACUCUCUCUCUUUCUUAAUUAAACUUCCCCUGUCUCCACUUCCCUUCCCUUUCUUUCCUUCUCCUCCUGAAUCCUUCAUGGAGCAUCAUUAUAGAUGGAAGCCAAUGAUUCAUUAGUCAUCAAAGCUCCUAAGAAAUCCCCAUUGCUGCCAAGACUCGUGGUGCUGGCAUUUGCCAUGGUCUGUGGAGUCUACAUUUGCUUCAUAUGCUUAAAACAGAUCAACACCAACAAUGGCGGCAGCACCACCAGCAACAAAUUCAUCGACGUUAAAGUCGUACAUCAGCUCUGCAACUCUUCCGGCAUUGAACAAUGGGAGAUCCCUUUGGUCCACUACCCGAAUCCUGUCACGUUUAGCAGGGAGGAAUGCGUGUGCAAUCCGGUGAGAUACUUCGCGAUCCUGUCGAUGCAGAGAUCGGGGAGCGGGUGGUUCGAGACGUUGAUGAACAGCCACAUCAAUGUGAGCUCCAAUGGUGAGAUCUUCGGGAAGAAAGAUCGAAGGGCGAAUGUUACGGCCAUUGUUAAUGUGCUGGACAGAGUUUACAAUCUGGAUUGGUUCAGUAGUGCUUCCAAGAACGAGUGUAAUGCUGCUGUUGGAUUCAAAUGGAUGCUUAAUCAGGGGGUGUUGGAACAUCAUGAAGGGAUAGUGGACUACUUCAACAGGAAUGGAGUUCAUGCAAUUUUCCUGUUCAGGAGGAACCUGAUUCGGAGGUUGAUAUCUGUGCUGGCCAAUUCCUAUGAUAAGAGCAAGAAACCUUUGAAUGGUACCCACAAGUCUCAUGUCCAUUCAGUCGUCGAGGCCAAAGUUCUGGCCAAGUACAAGCCAUCUUUGAAUGCAUCGACAUUGUUGGCAGAGCUAAAGAGCGUCGACAGUAGAGCUGCGAGGGCGAUUGGGUACUUCAAGUCCACCCGCCACAUCGUCCUCUACUAUGAAGAUGUCGUUGGAAAUAGAACAAAACUGAAAGAGGUGCAGGACUUUCUCGGAUUGCCCUACAGAGAACUAACGAGCCGUCAGAUUAAGAUACACAGCGGAACAUUAGCAGAACAGAUAGCAAACUUCGAAGAAGUCCAGACGGUGUUGAAAGGAACGCCAUACGAAUCCUUUCUUCAUCAGGAUUACGGAGAGAUGUAGGCUGUUUUCACUUUUCUUUUUGAUCAGGUGUAGAUAAAAAUAACCCCCCUGG